GAAAACUAAAAGCUCCAAAAGAUGGUUGUAGCUAUGGGUUUUGGUAGAUUACUUAUGCAACUUGUGCUUGUUGGGGUGCUAGUAGCACCGGCAGCAGCUCAAGACGAUCGCCCCAACUGCCCACAACGUUGUGGGAAUGUAAGCAUCCCAUAUCCAUUUGGCAUAAAAGGUUGUUGCCGAAACGAAGAUUUCCUUAUCACUUGCAAGAAAAUCGAUUCUAAUUCUCCACAGCCGCAACCUUUCUUGGGGAAUACGGGUAUCGAGGUUACAAACAUAAACAUUACCCUUGGUGAACUGCAAAUCAAUAACAACGUAUCCAAAUAUUGCUACAAUAGUGAUUAUUCCUCGACUCGGGAUUACCAGACAAGAUUCACAAGAACGCUCACUUUGUCUAACUUCACUGUUUCCAGAUCAAGGAAUAAGUUCACUGUUGUUGGUUGUAAUAGUUAUGCAUACCUACAUGGCUUUGGACGAAAGGAGAAUUACAGUACGGGGUGCAUGUCCAUAUGCGACUCCCCCCAUAAUGUGUAUGUCAAGUCUUGCGCAGGCAGUGGAUGUUGCCAGAUAGAGAUUCCUGAUGGACUAUACUCUGCAAAUGUCACAGCAUACCGUUUCAACGAACGUGAAAACGUGUCAAAAUUCAAUCCCUGCACCUAUGCCUUCAUUGUAGAAGAUGGCAAAUUCAACUUCUCUUCCAAAUAUGUUGAGAAUAUUCCACAAGAUAAGUUUCCAAUGGUGCUUGAGUGGUCAAUUCAUGACUACACAAAUCAAGAAGCGAGCGAAGGAAUCAGCUCUGCGUGUAAGCUUAACGCCUUCAGUUACAAACCGGACAGCGUUCCUGGAUAUCGUUGCAAAUGCAAUGAGGGUUAUGUUGGGAACCCAUAUCUUGGUUGCCAAGACGUUAAUGAAUGCGAGGAUCCUAGCCUCAACAAAUGUGUUGUUUCCAAAAAUUGUGUAAACACAGAAGGAAACUAUACCUGUCUCUGUCCCAAGGGCUACCGACGCGAUGGAUUAAGAGAACGUGGAACAGGUUGUACUGCUGAAGAUAAACAAUCAUUGAAGACAAAAGCUAUCAUCGGUUCAAGUAUUGCCAUUUCCCUUCUAUUUGUCAUCAUGGCAUGUGCAUUAUGUGGAAUUCAAAGAAGGAAAAUCAACGAGCUUAAACAGAAAAAUUUCAGAGACAAUGGUGGGCCUGUUUUGCGACAAUUACUGUCCAAGAUUGAAAGAUCCGCAGAAAAAGCUAAAAUUUUCACCGAAGAUGAGCUCAAAAAGGCAACGAAUAAUUUUAAUGAAAGUGAAAUUGUCGGCCGAGGAGGUUUUGGUAUAGUUUACAAAGGAACUUUAAAUAACAAAUUAGUGGCAAUAAAAAAGUCCAGAGUUAUGGACCAUGAUCAGAUUGAGCAAUUUGUUAAUGAGGUGUUCGUUCUCAGCCAAAUCAAGCAUCCAAAUGUGGUAAAGCUUAUAGGUUGUUGCUUGGAAACGUCAGUUCCCUUAUUAGUCUAUGAGUUCAUUACCAACAAGACCCUCCAUCACCACAUACAAAAUGAAGUUAGUGGGUCAUGCAUGCCAUGGAAAACUCGUCUGAAGAUUGCAGUGGAAACUGCCGAUGCACUUGCACAUAUGCACUCUGAUGCUCCCAUACAUAUCAUUCACAGGGAUGUUAAAUCUGAAAACAUACUCUUGAAUGAUGAUUUCCAAGCAAAAGUGUCUGAUUUUGGAGUUUCAAGAUUGGUUCCUUUGGAUCAAACUCAGCUGCCUACAUUGGUUCAAGGAACAUUUGGAUACAUAGAUCCUGAGUACUUCCAUUCAGGCUUGUUAAAUGAAAAGAGUGAUGUGUAUAGCUUUGGGGUUGUCCUUCUAGAGCUAUUAACAGGAGAGAAGGUACUUUCUUCUGAUAGGCCAGACAAGGACAAAAGUUUGGCUGCCUUCUUCAUUUCUUCAAUGAAAGAAGACCGCUUGUUUGAAAUUCUCCACGAACGAGUGAGAAAUGAGGGAAACCAGGAGCAGAUUAAGGGGGUUGCUGAGCUCGCAAGACGUUGCUUAAGAUUCAAAGGAGUGAAAAGACCUACAAUGAAGGAAGUUAAAAUGGAACUUGAGGAACUAAUGAUCGGCAAAUGCCUUCAUGUUGAAGUUCGCACUGAUUUUGAAGAGACAGAGCCCCUGCUUGGUCCACCAACCAACUUCUGCAGCACUAGUGUAUCGAUUGGACCUGAUAGCACAAAGUAUCAAGCAGCCCUGCAGUUAGAGAGUGGGCGUUGAUCAUCCUCGACUGGUAAACUAUAUGUUGCAUGCUUAUGUCUACACUCUACUCUGUGAGUGCCCUGUGUUAAUACAUAUGUAAUGUGAGGAACAAUAUUGCAUUUAUGUGAUAACAACAAAAUCUACUUUAGUUGAAUGUUGGAAAACA